AUGUCAUUCAAUAAGAAUGAAGAUUCGAAGUUGAAGUUUAAGACUUCAAAGAAGCUCAAAAUUUCACCCACCUUCGAAACAAUGAAAUUAAAGAAUGACUUGCUGCGAGGAAUAUACUCAUAUGGUUUCGAGGCACCAUCUGCAAUUCAGUCCCGGGCUAUAACACAGAUAAUUUCCGGUAAGGAUAUAAUUGCACAAGCACAAUCAGGGACAGGUAAGACUGCCACUUUCACGAUUGGCAUUUUACAAGUGAUAGAACUAAAAAAACGAGAGUUGCAGGCCCUGGUUCUCUCGCCAACGAGGGAAUUGGCCAGUCAAAUCAGUCAAGUGGUCUCAAAUCUUGGGGAUUAUAUGAAUGUCAAAGCCAUGGCAAUUACAGGCGGGAAAACCUUGAAAGAUGACAUCAAAAAGAUCCAAGGGACGGGCUGCCAUGUAGUCAGCGGAACACCUGGCCGAGUGUUGGAUAUGAUCAAAAGACAGAUUCUCACGACCAGAAGCGUUCAAAUGCUUGUACUAGACGAAGCAGAUGAAUUACUCAGUGAGACACUAGGAUUCAAACAGCAGAUUUACGAUAUUUUCACGAAGCUACCGCCGGCGUGCCAAGUGGUUGUAGUAAGCGCCACGAUGAACAGGGAUAUUUUGGAAGUGACAAAAAAGUUCAUGUCAGAUCCAGUCAAGAUACUUGUGAAGAAAGACGAGAUUUCCCUGGAGGGGAUCAAGCAGUAUGUGGUCAACGUGGAUAAGGAAGAUUGGAAAUUCGACACGCUAUGCGAUUUAUACGAUUCAUUGACAAUCACUCAGUGUGUCAUAUUUUGCAACACAAAGAAGAAAGUCGACUGGCUGAGCCAUAAGAUGUCACAAUCAAAUUUCGCAGUGGUUUCCAUGCAUGGCGAUAUGAAGCAGGAGGACAGGGACAGGAUCAUGAACGAUUUCAGAGCGGGACAUUCGAGGGUGCUCAUAUCGACGGACGUAUGGGCGCGAGGCAUUGACGUGCAGCAAAUUUCCCUGGUGAUCAACUAUGACAUACCCGAUAUUCUCGAAAACUAUAUCCACAGGAUUGGCAGAAGCGGCCGGUUCGGCAGGAAAGGUUGCGCAAUCAAUUUCGCUACACGGGACGAUGCGGCAAAGCUUAGAGAGAUCGAGAAAUUCUACUCUAUCAAAAUAAAACCCAUGCCAGCCAACCUGGCAGAUAUUUAA